GGGAAAUUAAAACUCAAACCACAAUUAAAAAUCAAAAAAUCCCAAAUCGAAUGUAUAAAGCAAUGGCCGACUGAGACAUUUUAAAGACUUCUUGGAGAAGAAGACUUUAUGUGAUUUCUGAUCAAUUAAGCAAGUUUGAGAUCGCAGAAAAAGAAACCACCAAAAUUAUUUUUUUCUAUCACCAUGGAAGUAAAAGCAGACGAAGUGGAUGGAAACAAGACAGGACUAAGAAAAUUAAAAAAGCCCAAAUUGGAUUUGGGAGGCAUCGAAGUUAUUGACAUUGAAGACGAUGAUCAAAACAGCGUAUCCCAAAUCUUCAAACCCAUCAAUAUCAUCGAACAGAGCACAAACAAGUUCAACGCAAUCUCAAUCGACCACUAUUCCAACUUCAUCGAUCUUUCUAAUGAAAACGACGACGACGACGACGACGACGACGAUAUCAAAAUCCUUCACUACAAACCCUCAAACACCACCUUCGGAAGAAAACGGAAAAAGCCCUUUUCCAAUCCUUCGAUUUUGGGAACAGGGCAGUCAUCCAAUUCCAAAGAAGAAACGACGUCAUCGUCUUCAUCGUCUAUUUUCAUCUGCGAAAUCUGCAUCGAACUCAAAUCGGGAAACGAAUCGUUCACAAUCAAAGGCUGCGGCCAUUUGUACUGCACGGACUGCACAACCAAAUACGUGGCGUCCAAGCUCCAACAGAACAUUUUGACAAUCGGGUGCCCGAUUCCAGGUUGCGUAGGCAAUCUGGAACCCGAAUAUUGCCGUCGGAGUCUGCCACCGGAGGUGUUCGACCGGUGGGGAAUGGCACUGUGCGAGGCUGCGAUCGUUGGGUCCCGCAAAUUCUACUGCCCGUACAAAGAUUGCUUGGCGGUGAUGAUCUGCGAUGGGGAUAAAAGAAAGGUCCUGAGGGAAUCGGAGUGUCCGUAUUGCAAGAGACACUUCUGCGCCAAGUGUAGAGUUCCAUGGCAUACGGGAAUUGAGUGCUCGAAGUUUCAGAAGCUGGAUGAGAAUGAGAGAGAGAAUGAAGAUAUAACGCUGAUGAAGCUUGCAAAGAAAAAGCGUUGGGGAAGGUGUCCAAAAUGCAGGUUCUAUGUUGAGAAAACAGAGGGCUGCGACCAUAUGAACUGCAGGUGUGGAACGCAUUUCAACUACAGGAGUGGAAAGUAAUAUAAAGGAUUUGGUGAUCAAUAAUACCAUCAAAACAAGAUGGUGUUUUGUACCAUUGCAGUUAUGAAUUUCUCCUGUUACACUACGUUAUUAUGAAUUUCUUCUUAUUUUGUGUUUACCAAUUUUAUAUGAAUGCUUCUUAUUUUGAUAUGAAUUUUAUAUCAAUUUUAUUU